CCUAUUACUGACAACAAUAAUAUAGUUCCUACACCGCAAAAACGUACAAGGUCUGACCUAUAUAAGAAUGUUGAUGCAGACUAUUAUGGAUACAGAGACGAAGAAGAUGGAUCACUGCUCGAAUAUGAACAAGAGCAAGAGCUUAAAAUUAUAGCAGAAGCAUCAGAAUUACCAGAUAAAACAUUACCUAAAGAUAAAUUCACGCAAAAGAAAAAAGAGGAUACAUCACAAUCAGAAAGUGGAGCAAUUGAUAUCGAUCGAUUAUCAGAAAAGUUUGUUGCACAUGUAGCUGUACCAACCCAAAAAGAAGUGGAAGAGUAUUUAGUGCGAAGGAGGAAACGACAGAUCCUCGAUCGUUACGUGUCUGAUCCUUAA